UGUUGCGGGAGUCGUAAAAAGCCGGUUGCGUAUCCGUGAUCCGCAGGCACCGACGAGCAGCUUUCUGGAUCUCGUUGAGCAGGAGUCGAGCACGACCCCUGACCCCAGAUAAAGUAAUUAAGGACGACUGUGUCUCAUUCUUUUUCUCUCUACUCUCUUGUUGAGACGUAGAGUUGUGGUGACGUGUUCAGUUAUUUCAGAUAUAAGAAAUCUAAAAUAUAGGUAUAUUAUAAGGGAGCCCCACGACCUUCUUCUAAAUUUCCUAAGUAAGAACACCUGAGUGAAAUCUAGAGGUCCUCAUUCUAGAGCUCGGAUGACCCUUCCACCUCUAAUAAAGACACGAGAUAGAUGGGAAGCUACCUCGAUUCGGCGAGGGAAGCUCGAGGCCCUUACGGGCCGAGGUGUGGAGUGGUGGAGGAGGACGGAAGUGGCAAGGAAGCUGGUAGGAUGCACAGAAAACACGUUUCGCAUAGGACGACUGAGAUCCAUUACUGAACCUUUCAUUUUCAAGUUUAUUUUGGUUUUUUAGAUUUUCAUAUACAUCAUGAACUCGUUGGAUUAUGAUUUAUUUUCCAUAGACUUCUUCAUCUUGUUAUGACCUCAUCAUUCGACAAUCAAAAGAAGAUCCGUAGUUCGGUGCCUUGCAGUUCCUGACUUAGGUCUUCUGAGAAACAAACCACCGAGACCCAGUUCGGUCAUAACGAUUGAGCUGUUGCGUUUCGUCUUGACGAAAUUUUUUAGAAAAAAACUAACCACCGAGAUCCAGUUCGGUUACGAAGAUCAAGCUGUUACGUUUCCUAGAUUUUUUAACUUAAUUCAAUUAAUUAUGAUGACCGAAGAGACACUGCGAUGAAUUUUUUUAGAAGCAAACCUACCACCGAGACCCAGCUCGGUCAUCAAGAUCAAGCUGCUGCGUUUCGCUUAGAUUUUUUAACUUAGCUCAAUCCCGAUGGUCGAUCUACUUCCUUCAGUUGUAGCGCAAUCGCGAAAGUCAAGGGGAGACCUCUCGUCAUAAUUUUUAGAGAUAUAAGCCAGGCCACGAAGGCUACCAUUACUGAGGAAGCUCUUUUCUGAGCGUAGCAUCUGAAACGCCCGCUGUCGCGCGCUUCGUCACCGCCGUGACACAACGGUGAACCGAGCAGGAAGCCCCGCGUGGGACUUUUGGGGGACUGGGAAGAUUUUGCGGGGACAGGGAGGCUGUAGCAGUUAGGCAGAGAAGACACGUAGAGAGAAAGGAAGAGGUCCGCGCUUGUGCUUAUGCUAUCUGCGCUUUCGGUAGCUUGCGCCCGCGGCCGCAGCGUGAUAUCGCUUGCGCGUCUCUAGCUGGGCCGACGGGAACAUCGGGAGGCUGGCGAGGUGCGAGGGUCGGCGGACCCGCGGGGGCUCGAGAGUUGUCGGGCGGUCUAAUGCUGCCCGCCUCGUCGCCUUGUCGUGAGCAGGUAACUCCGGAAUGGAACCAGCGGCGCGUAGUGUGCGUUCGUGGAGGAGAGCAGCGGGAAGGGAGGCGUUCUGCGGCGGAAGCGAUAGAGAUAGAGUAGAUAUUAGAAAGUAGCGUGUAGUAACACGCAUUCUUCCCAUUAAACCCACUAUAGCCACUGGAUCUUCAGGAGGGUCCCUGGAGCCCUUGCAUCGACGUCCUUAGCGACAGAUGGUAAGGGCGCUCGCGAGCGCGUCAUGCGUGAGGCGGUAGGGUCACGCGCGAACAUAAUAUUAGCAAUAUUCUUCCUGGUCCUG